AUGAUGUUCUCCGCAAAAUUCCUCCUAUUCAUCUUGAUACUUUCCUGUUGGACACAAUAUCCACGCCACGUGACUGCCAUAAGCACAUCAUCAAAGAAAGGAAGUAAUAAUAGUAGGAACAGGCAAUUUCACAGCGUAGAUGGAAGUUUUAGCACAUUAUUAACACGUCAAACUGAUGUACCAACAUCGGAAGAGGGGGAUGAUUUUGUUUCUAGUCUAAGUUCAAGUUCGCUUGAAGAUGUCACAUUAAGAGAAGGAAUGAAAAAAUUAAAAUCCACCAACAGCAGCAACAAUAAUAAUCUGUCAGGAGGGACACGACGCGGGAGGAGGAAUGGAAUAACAAAAAAUAAAGGAAUAGGAACGAAAUUAAAGGAGUGUUGUAAAAAAUUGACACAUUAUAAGGCGAACAAUAAAUAUAAAGUGCUGCUAACCCUCGUAUUAGCAACUUCAGUUGCUUAUCCAUUAGUUGUAUCUUAUGUAUACCCAAUUGGCAUUUUUUUCAUUAUGGGUAAUGGUAGUCAGUAUGACUUAGGUCAAAUUAUGCUACUCGUGGGCAUCCUCACCAUUUCUGCAAUCUUAGGGUUCAUUUAUUUUGGCAUACUAAUCUGGUUCUAUCGUUCAAAAGCAUGGAUUCGUUGUAUUGAAAAAAACAUCAACCUACAAAACUGCACUAAAUAG